ACAUGCACGAAAAGCUGCAAAGUGCUAGCAUUAGUGAGUUCCCAGUUUCGUACCAACAUUGAGAGACCAAAUCAACCCAAACCAGCACGAUGACUACUUGGGGAGGCAUGAAAAUAGGCUCCAAACAAGGUCAACCAAACAACAAGCAAGCACCGAUGCGCUUUUCCGACACGCUUACGGCCGCACUGGGAAAUCGAAAGAACAAGUACAAAGAUGUAUCUAAGGAUCUCAACAGUCUGAUCAACCGGGAAGAGUUGGACGAUGAAAUCUUUGCGCCGAACUAUAACAUCCGCAAGAUUAAAGCAAUGAUUGCUCGCGUGGUGAAGCAACAGUUCGUCAUUCGUAAUGAAGACGGUGAUCUGCUGACGUGGGUGUACGAACCUGAGAAGAAUCUGGAAAUGAGUCAAUCAAUAGCGAAAGCGGUAAAGGAUCGAUUGCGCAAUCUUAAUCUGCCCCGCUAUCGGAUCGUGUGUUUCUGUUCCAUAGUGGAAAAACAGCUGCAGGGAGUGCACUACAAGAUGAAGUACAUACUCGACCCGUACAUGGACAACUACGUACAGUACGUGUAUGAUGGUGCGAUCUUUUGGAUCAUAACGACCGCUUUUCUGAUCCACAAAGACUAGGAAGGUAAGCUUUUGGGGAUGAUGGUUCAGUUAUUAAGUACUUACAUU